UCACAUCAAGCUUCUGAACUUCUAAAUGAUGAAAGCUUUGAUACUAUUUAUCAUGAAUAUAAGCAUGCUAAAAAAAACUAUCAGCAAUCAAAACUUACUAAAGAAAGAUUUAAAACUAUUCGAAUGAAGUUGUUUAAUGCUACUUCUGCUUCUUCCAAUCAUGAUGUAGCUUUUAAUACAUAUAAAGAAAUUGAGGAUGAUGAUAAUGAUACCCUUAAUUAUAGAAUAAAUAUAAAAUAG